GUAGGAUCAUGGACAGUCUUUGAUCAAGCGCUGUCCGGGGUUCCAGAUAUAGAUUACACCAGGGCAGCACUAUUUCUAAAGGACAUCGGAAAGGACGAAAAGAGUUUUGGCAUAUGGAUGUCAUGUAUCAUCACUCAUGAGAACCAUCUUGUGAAGAUCAGAGAUGCGCCAGUAUAUGAGGGCAUGUAUCCGCUAGAUUUGAUGCCUGACUUGAACCCCUCUGAGGAUAUAACCUGUUCGGAGUUUAUGGCGUUCGUUAGGGCAUAUGUUGGAGUUGCUUCAGUGCUAGCUGAGUACGCCUGGUCGGACAGCCUUCCA